AGCCUCCUGGGAAAGAUGCAGCCGCUCCUGCACCUGCUCCUGCUGGCCUUUUGCCUGCCUUCCGGAGCCAAGGCAGGAGAGAUCAUCGGGGGACAUGAGGCCAAGCCCCACUCCCGGCCCUAUAUGGCAUAUCUUAGGAUCCAGAAUAAGAAUGGGCAGAUUAAGUGUGGUGGGUUCCUGAUACACAAGAAGUUCGUGCUGACCGCCGCUCACUGCUACGGAAGCUCCAUCAAGGUCACCCUGGGAGCCCACAACAUCAAGGAACAGGAGAGGACCCAGCAGGUCAUCCCCGUGAAAACAACCAUCCCCCACCCAGACUAUAAUCCAAAGAACUACUCCAACGACAUCAUGUUACUGCAGCUGGAGAGAGAGGCCAAGCAGACUGCAGCGGUGAGGCCCCUCCGCCUGCCCACCGGCAAGACCCGGGUGCGGCCAGGACAGGUGUGCAGUGUGGCCGGCUGGGGGCAGGUCAGCGCCAAGAUACACAGGUACCCAGACACUCUGCAAGUAGUGAGGCUGGCAGUGCAGGAGGAUCAGGAGUGCAAAUCCCGCUUUCCCAGUUAUUACGACCGCACCAUUCAGCUGUGCGUGGGGGACCCAAUGGAAGAAAAGUCUUCCUUUCAGGGGGACUCUGGGGGCCCUCUCGUGUGUAACAAUGUGGCCCAGGGCAUUGUCUCCUUUGGACACAAAAAUGGGACACCUCCACGGGUCUACACCAAAAUCUCAACUUUCCUGCCCUGGAUAAAGAAAACCAUGAAAAGCCUCUACCUGCAGGAACCAGACUAUUUGCUCUAGAGCUGAUCCAGAAUCACGCUGGGAAGGGUGGCAGGAAAGGUGCCAGCAAUCAAAUAAAUGUCUCUUACCUGAGCAU